AUGCCAGUGACACAGACCUUGGAAGGGAUAAAGCCCCCAGUGCUCGAGCAGAUCUCAGAGCUGCAGAACAAGAUACAGCUCCUAGAAGGUGACCGGAAAGCUUUCUAUGAGAACUCCCAGUGGAACAUUAAGAAAAAUAAGGAGUCCAUUUUGCGGUUGAGGCAGGAGAAUAAGAAGUUGCACCAGAAGUUGGCAGACCUUCUAGCGGGAGAGGAGAAAGUAAUCAAAGCUGCAUUCCACGAACAUCCGGCUGAACAGGGAUCUGUGAAAAAUAAAACUGGUGAGGGUGCUAUUCAGGUCAUCAGUCACCGGCUAUGUGAGAAAAUCAAUCAGUUAAACAACCUGAAGCAUCAGGUGGAGAUGCGAAAACGCAGACUGGAAGAACUGCAGCUUCAAUACAGUACCAGGGCACAAGAAAUCAAUGACAUGCAUGCACUCGAAGAAGGCAACAUUGAGACAGCCAAGACUCUGCGUACACUGGAGAACCGGCUGGAAAAGGCCCGGUUCAAAACUGAGGAGGCCGAACGUAUCACCACCAUGUACCAGAAACUAAAAGAACAUAUGCAGGAGCAGAGCCUGCACUUCCAGAACAAGCUGGAUGCUCUAGAAUCUGAGAUCUUACGUCUGCGUCAUGAGCUCAGUGAACUGGAAAUCGUGAAUGCAGAUGCACAACAUGCUCGUGACACAGCCAGGGAGCAGCUCCUGUCCCAAGAAGAAACCAUCUACAAGGAACGAAAGAUCCGUGAUAAGAAGCUGAAGGACCUGAAGAAGCUGACAGAGGACAAAAGAGCGCAGAACGAACGUGCAGAAAGACGGCAGUCCCAGAAGGAACGUGUCCUCUUUGGGCCUGAAGAUGUCCUCAAAGAGCCCCUUUUUAAGAAAGCAACCAUCUUGAAAACCAGACAGGCCAUGUUCACUGCAUCAGAGGCGUUUGACAAGAUCCGAGCAGCUACUGGUGUCACUGAUGCUGAUGAUGUUGUGGCCUGCUUUGCAGCUCAGGAAGAAACUUUCAAGCAACUAGAUGAAAUGAGGAGUGAGAAUGAAGAGUCUCUGCUCCGACUUAGAGAGGAGAAGGAUGCAUUACAACGUGAACUUGAGCACACCAAAUAUUCAGGAGAGGCCCGGAAAGUGGGGGCCCAGAACCUGAUGAAAGAGUUGCAGGACCACCUGCAGAAGGAGGAGAAGAGACGAGAUGUAACCCAAGCAGAACUGGACAAGGUGAACCGGGUUCUGCUCAGUGCCAAGGCUGGAGUGGAGCAUUUGUCCUCCAAACUGCAGCACAUCAAGCUGGAAGAUAGUCGCUUUGCUUCCACUGCCCUGGAUGAGAAAACCAAUGACUAUGUGCUUGACCUACUGAGCCAGGCAGAGGAGAAAUUGCUGUACCUGCUGGAGUCCCUCAAGGAUCGAGAUAAGAAGGAGCUUCUUCGGAGAAUUGAAGAAGUGGAGUUCCAUUCUAAGCUUGAGAGGAGGCUGCCUGCCUACAACACCAGGGUCAAACUUCCCAUUGCACAGAAACCGGACAUGUAUUAUGAUGAGGAAGACAGUGGGGAGGAUGAUGCCGAUGUGGUGACACGCGCAGCCCUGAAGCGUCAAUCCCAGCAAAUUAUAGAAGCCAAGACAAAGCGUCGCAACCGCUAUAGAAAGAAGGAUGGGAAGCUGCAUCCUAUGUAGCCCCACUUUCCUCAGAUCCUGCUGUGCUCCAGAGACCUUGGUUAUUAAAAGGUGCUUCCUAGCCACUGACCCUCCUCUUUGAGCCAGUUGUACCUUCCAUUUCCAUAUGUCCACAGGCCCCGGGGGAAAGGGGAAAAAGAAACAUGACAGUUCUAUGGAUCUGUUCUCCUCUCCUGUGCUGUACAGGCAGGAAUCCACAAUG